AGAAGCAGCCGUUAUUGUUUUUCUUUGGCUAGGCUACAGAAGUUGAAUUGUACAUUUAGACUAUGAAAGUUCGCUUAAUAAAAUCGUAUUGAUUUGAAAAUCAAUUCCCCCGUCUUUCCAAAAAUAGGGGAUUUGAACAAAAUGGAUCACAACAUACCCGUGUUAGUACUAACCAUCAUAAAUCCGAUAGUGUAUGCAGUGGCAACAAUAUUCAACGCACUAUCAGGCCAGACAGGGCGCGAUCUAGGUAUCUUUGAGAGCAGCACAGGAGAUAUUUCCAGCAAAUACCCUGUUAACAUCACUCCUGCCGGAUGGAUGUUCAGUAUUUGGGGUGUGAUUUAUAUAUGGGAGGCGGUGUGGAUUGUCUACACCAUUGUCAACCUAUUUCGAAAAAGGGAUAACCGUCCUCUCUACUGUAACCCAACUCUUUUGCCUUGGACGUUCUUCGCCACGUUCAUCAUCAACAUGUGCCUGAACCUGUCCUGGAUUCUUUUGUUUGACAGACAGAUGAUUAUCAUCUCUUAUGUUGUUCUGUUUUUCAUUGCUUUCACUUUGUAUGUAUGCAUGUUUAUUUCUUAUCGUCAUCUUGACGCGAACAUAGAGCUUCUGAAAAAAGACGGCAGAAAAUUCGAUAUCUGGUGCAUUCGCAUCAUGGUUCAAAAUGGACUAGGCGUGUACGCUGCAUGGACUACCAUUGCAACUCUCCUUAACAUGGCGAUGGUGAUGAUCUACAAGGGAGACCACCGUGUAGACAAUGAUGUUGCCUGUACAGUUGCUCUCUCCCUCUUGGUUGUUGAACUUUUGGGAUACACUUUUGCAGACAUUGUCUUUUUGGAUCGCUACACCCGAUACACGGUUACGCCUUUCGUCGUUGUUCCUCUUGCCCUUGGAGCAAGCUUGUCUAAAAAUUACAUAGCGGGCUCUAGGAAUUCCAUCAUUACUAUUGUUAUGAUUGUUCUGGCACUCUUAUGUCUUGGUGCUAAAAUAUUCAGCUUGAUUUGGCGCGAGCUCCGAAGUCCCACCAAAUCAGCAACAAUAACAGACUCUGACGAGAACUUAAAGAAAGACAAAGCAGCUAUUGUGUAAAUUUGUGAGAGCAAGUGCGAGUUUUCCUGCGAAAUGACAGUGAGAAUUAGAGGAAUCUGACCUAAGCAUUUUUUUUAAAUUAUCAGAACACUGUGAUAUAAUUUCGACACAUUUUAGUUUUAGUCUCAUCAUGUUGAACGUAUCAUUUUUAAGAAAUCUUUACGUAUAUAAUUUUAGCGAUUUGCUUUUACUAGUAUUUGUUGUGUUUUAUGAGUAGAUACAUACAUGGACUACACUUUGGGCAUUGCUAACAAAAUAGCGUUAGCUCUACUGUACCAGGCAACAAUGUGCAUAAUAAUAUUCUUUAUAUACAUAUAUUUUAUAUCGUAUUAUCAUUUACAAGUAAAGACUAAAAUCUUUGA